GCGGUCCCGGAGAGAAGCCCCUUCCGUCCGUUUCCUCGGCCAGCAUGCCGCCGACUGCGCCGCUCCUCUGCCCGCGCGGCGGGGACCCCGGGCCGUGGCGGCGGGCGCAGCCCUGACGCUCUGUGGAGCCGGGGGGCGCCCGAACUCGAGGGCGGGGGGUCAGGGAGCACGAGCGGCCGCUGAGUCUGAGCAGGGUGUGCUGAACCCUGCGGCCACCCCCCGAUCCCGGCCAUGAGGAGGGACGAACGAGACGCCAAAGCCAUGCGGUACCCGCAGCCUCCGGACGGGGCCGGCUCGCCCCCUGAGAGUCUGAGGAACGGCUACGUGAAGAGCUGCGUGAGCCCCUUGCGGCAGGACCCUCCCCGCGGCUUCUUCUUCCACCUUUGCCGCUUCUGCAACGUGGAGUUGUUGCUGCCACCGUCGGCCUCCCCCCAGCAGCCGCGGCGCGGCUCCCCCUUCUCCCGGGCGCGCCUCUCGUUGGGCGCCCUGGCUGCCUUUGUCCUCGCCCUGCUGCUCGGCUCGGGGCCCGGGAGCUGGGCUGCGGGGGCCGCCCUGCUGCGGACCUUGCUGAGCGUCUGCUCGCACAGCCUCAGCCCCCUCUUCAGCAUCGCCUGUGCCUUCUUCUUCCUCACCUGCUUCCUGACCCGGACCAAGCGGGGCCCCGGGCCGGGCCGGUUCGGCGGCGGUGGCGGCUCCUGGUGGCUGCUGGCGCUGCCAGCUUGCUGUUACCUGGGGGACUUCUUGGCGUGGCAGUGGUGGUCUUCGUCGUGGGGAGACGGAGGCGCGGAGGUCCCCGAGCCUCCGCACACGCCCCCGGCCCCGCACACGCCCCCAGCCGCCUUGGGCAGGUUGUUCUUGGUGCUGAGCUGUGUGGGUUUGCUGACGCUCCUGCACCCGGUGAGGCUCCAGCACAGCAUCCUGGUACUGCUCUUCUCCAGCUUUGUCUGGUGGGUCUCCUUCACCAGCCUCGGGUCGCUGCCUGCACCCCUCAGGCCCCUGCUGUCCUGCCUGGUGGGGAGCGCUGGCUGCCUGCUGGCCCAGGGGUUGGAUCACUUCUUUCAAAUCAGGGAAGCUCCUCAUCAUCAUCCUCGGUUGUCCAGUACCGCGGAAGAAAAAGUGCCUGUGAUCAGACCCCGGAGGAGGUCCAGCUGCGUGUCGCUAGGAGAGACUUCAGCCAGUUACUAUGGGAGUUGCAAAAUGUUCAGGAGACCUUCGUUGCCUUGUAUAUCCAGAGAACAGAUGAUUCUUUGGGAUUGGGAUUUAAAGCAGUGGUAUAAACUUCAUUAUCAGAAUUCUGGAGGUGGAAAUGGAAUUGAUCUUUCAGUGUUAAACGAAGCUCGUAACAUGGUGUCAGACCUCCUGACUGAUCCAACCCUUCCCCCACAAGUCAUUUCUUCCCUACGGAGUAUCAGUAGCUUGAUGGGUGCUUUCUCAGGUUCCUGUAGGCCAAAGAUUAAUCCUCUGACACCGUUUCCUGGAUUUUACCCCUGCUCUGAAAUGGAGGACCCAGCUGAGAAAGGAGAUCGAAAGCUUCACAAGGGAGUAAACAGUAGGAGUAGUUUACCAACACCACAGCUGAGGAGGAGUUCAGGAACUUCCGGUCUGCCACCCAUUGAACAGUCUUCUUCAAGGUGGGAACGUAAUAAUGGCAAAAGACCUCAUCAAGAAUUUGGCAUUUCAAGUCAAGGAUGCUAUCUAAAUGGACCAUUUAGUUCAAAUCUACUGACAAUUCCGAAGCAAAGGUCUUCUUCUGUAUCAUUUACUCACCAUAUAAAUCUGAGAAGAGCUGGUGCUUUAUCCAGUGUGAGUCCUGUGACUUCUCCCACCCAUGGACCAGUGUCUGCUGGUUCUCUAACUAAUCGGUCACCUAUAGAAUUUCCUGACACUGCUGAUUUUCUUACUAAGCCAAGUGUUAUUUUACACAAAUCUGUGGGCAAUGUACCCAAUACCCCAGAUUCUUAUCAGCAGCUUAGAAAUUCUGAUAACAAUCUUUGUAACAGCUGUGGACAUCAAAUACUGAAAUACGUUGCAACACCUGAAUCAGAAUCUGGUACAGACUGCCACAGUGGAAAAUCAGGUGAAGAAAAAAAUACCAUUUUCUCAAAAGAAUCAUUCAAACUUACAGAUACUCAAGAAGAGAAAACAGAGAAGAUAGACUGCAAACAGUUAUUCCUGGAAGGUGAUAAUCAACGAAGAGAAGAGGCACGGAAUGAACAACAACCAAAUAUGGAACAAGAAUCAUCACUGGACUUGAUUUUAAUAGAAGAUCAUGACUCAUUAAUAGAAAAGAUGAGCAACUGGAAUUUUCAAAUUUUUGAACUUGUAGAAAAGAUGGGAGAGAAAUCAGGAAGGAUUCUCAGUCAGGUUAUGUAUACCUUAUUUCAAGACACUGGCUUGUUGGAAAUAUUUAAAAUUCCCACUCAACAAUUCAUGAACUAUUUUCAUGCAUUAGAAAAUGGCUAUCGAGACAUUCCUUAUCACAAUCGUAUACAUGCCACAGAUGUCUUACAUGCAGUUUGGUAUCUGACAACGCGGCCAAUUCCUGGUUUUCAGCAGACUCACAAUGAUCAUGGAACCGCAAAUGAAGCAGAUUCUGAUGGGAGAAUCAAUCCUGCACGAAUUGCUUAUAUUUCUUCAAAGAGCUGCUCUAUUCCGGAUGAGAGCUAUGGCUGCCUGUCUUCAAAUAUUCCUGCGUUGGAAUUGAUGGCUCUGUAUGUGGCAGCUGCCAUGCACGAUUAUGAUCACCCCGGGCGGACAAAUGCAUUUCUAGUGGCUACAAAUGCCCCUCAGGCAGUUUUGUACAAUGACAGAUCUGUUCUUGAAAAUCAUCAUGCUGCAUCAGCUUGGAAUUUAUAUCUUUCUCGCCCAGAGUACAACUUUCUUCUUAAUCUCGAUCAUGUAGAAUUCAAGCGCUUUCGUUUUUUAGUCAUUGAAAUAAUCCUUGCCACAGAUCUUAAAAAGCAUUUUGAUUUCCUUGCUGAAUUCAAUGCCAAGGCCAAUGAUGUAAAUAGUAAUGGUAUAGAAUGGAGUAAUGAAAAUGAUCGCCUCUUAGUGUGCCAAGUAUGCAUGAAACUAGCAGAUAUAAAUGGCCCAGCAAAAGUUCGGGACUUGCAUUUGAAAUGGACAGAAGGCAUUGUGAAUGAAUUUUAUGAGCAGGGAGAUGAAGAAGCAAAUCUUGGUCUGCCUGUCAGUCCGUUCAUGGAUCGCUCCUCUCCUCAACUAGCAAAACUCCAAGAAUCUUUUAUCACCCACAUAGUGGGCCCCCUGUGUAACUCCUAUGAUGCUGCUGGUUUACUACCUGGCCAGUGGAUUGAAACAGAAGAGGAUGACGAUAUUGAAAAUGAUGAUGAGGAAGAAGAUGCUGAAGAAUUAGAUACAGAUGAUGAAGAAAUGGAAGACACUCUAAAUCCUAAACCACAAAGAAGGAAAGGCAGACGGCGAAUAUUUUGUCAACUAAUGCACCACCUCACCGAAAACCAUAAGAUAUGGAAAGAAAUCAUAGAGGAAGAAGAAAAAUGUAAAGCUGAUGGGAAUAAACUGCAGGUGGACAAUUCUUCCUUACCUCAAGCAGAUGAGAUUCAGGUCAUUGAAGAAGCAGAUGAAGAGGAAGAGCGACAGUUUGAAUAAGAAGAGCCACGUUGAAGAAGCCCCCAAGGGCUGUGCCCAGUGUCAGAAGUCAUUGCCUGGUUUUCACUGUGCAGACUUUCAGUCGACUCAUUCCUACGUGGACAGGCCUUAAUACUGUGAGAGGAUCCUUGUUGUGCUGGAAGUUUCCUACUCCUAUGCACUUUCACCACGUGAACUAGAAAAUUAUUCUUAGAGCUUGGCUUGAGUUGACCUGUGUUAAAAAGCCUUUAAUGCCUUCUCUGGUGUAUAAACACUUUGUCAUAAUGCUGCUUUGAUGAAUAGUGAGCUCUUAUUUUUCAUGCCCUGGUGGAGCAUUGGUUAAGCACUCAGCUGCUAACCAAAAGGUGGGCGGUUUGAACCCACCAGCCGCUCCAAGGGAGAAAGAUGUGGUAGUCUGCUUCUGUAAAGACUAUAGGCUUAGAAACCCUGUGGGACAAUUCUGCUCUGUCCUCUAGGGUUGCUGUGAGUCAGAAUUGACUUGAUGGCAAUGGGUUUGGUUUUGGUUUUUUAUUUUUCACAAGGGGUAGCUAUAACUAAAAAGAACUCAAGUGACUUACUUCGGUUUCCGAAGUAGUCAGAACUUUUUGCUUUCAUGAAUACAGGAUUCACAGUAUUUUCACACGUGUCUUACGUCUUUGAAUGUUUUGAAAGAAAGUCUGUGCCUAUCUAAAAAGGAGUCCAAUGCUGCCUUUCUGAGGGAUCUCUGCUCAAUGCAAUACUGUUCCGUGCUAUUCAGUGUCCUUCUCCCAGCUAGAUUUAUUCAUGAAGGACUGAGUGACCUUUGUUAUAUUUAACAAAAUCCAGGUGCAUCAAUUUCUGAUACUUUUUACUGUUGUGUAUUAUCUACAAGGUAUGUGUUAUUUCUGCUCAACGUAUUCAGGUUUGCCAUGGUCAUCCAAAGUCUGAAUUCCAGUCUUGUUGACUUUAUGUUUCAUGGUAGAAUUUUUAAGCUGUUUAGGUUUAACAGUGAAGGAAUUUUAUUCUUUAAUCAAAAUUGUUCUUAUUUUUACUUUUUCUCAGGAGUAGUGUUUUUAAACAUUUAGUUAAAAUAAACACAGUACAGAAUUGUCAGAAAAAAAAAAUUGUCCUAAUUUUGAUGUUAACCUCUUGGGAAAUGAGCAUCAUUUUCUCUCUUGUUAGAUAAAUUUGAGAAUAAUUAAGCCAAGUAAAAAGGAGAUAUCUGUCUUUGCAAUAUCACAAAAUGAAAUUAAACUAAGCCUAUCAAAGAUAAAGAACAAAAGAAAUAUAGUAAGCUCUAAAGCACAUGUACACUGAAUAAAUAAUAAGAACAUGUGGCUAUCUUUAAGACUGAUAUCUUAGGUGCCAUGUGUCACUGUAAAACUGACAAUCACCUUUCUGUUAAUUUCCUUCUGCCUCAAAACUAUAUGACGGAAAUGACUACAUGACUGCUCAAUACUUCUAGAGCCCAACUGCAAGCCUAAUUUCUGAGACGAAGUAAGAGUGGGACUACUUAUUUAAUUUUUACAUAGCAAAUCUGAGUAUUUUAGUAAAUCAUUUCAAACAAAAGCUCAUUAUUAGAUAACCACAAUUAUUAAGAUUACUGCAAAGAAAAUGGGCCAUACUUAUAAUGUUUGUAAAUUUGUUAAGGUGUGGAUAUGUACUUUAGUUGUAAAAAAUAGUUGAUGACGUAAUGAGCUGCAAAAAUGAGAGCAAGAUGGUAGACUAAUUUUUUCCAUUGUUCAUGGAGACCAUAUCAGAGAAUACUCUUUUGGGAUCCAUUGCAGCUUUUAUAUACAGUGAAACCAUUAAUUUUCCAAGGUAAUUUCUUUAAAGUAUAAAUUCAGUAGGUAGUUUCCUACCUACAUAGAAUAUUUGGCUUAUAUGAAAGAUAUCAACUAAAGAUCUAUGGAAGUGCUGGAAUUUUUGAUCCUACACAGUUUCAUAAUAUUUAAUGAAUCGCUAAGUUUUAUUUAUUAGACACAUUACAUUCCUUCCUGCCACUUUUAACUACCAUUGCCACAUCAUUUGUAAACUGAUCCUACCAUAUAUUACUGAGUAAUAAAAUUUUAACUGAUAAUUUAUUGAGUUUGAACUUAUAAUGUAUAUAUCCCAUGCUUAUAUUUCCCUAGAGUGCCUUUUUGCAUCCUGCCUAAAUAUUUUUGUGCUAUUGCCUCCUCUCCUCCCAAAUACAUGUAAGUGCACAUAUGUAGAUUCCCACAUGUACAUGCCUGCAUAAUGGGACACAAUCAAAUUUCCAUGCUUCCUGUUUUACUGGAAUUUUGUCUUAGAGGUUCUUUAGUAUAUAUUUUCUCAAAAGAAGCACUAGGAAUUAAUUUUUAAAUAAUUUAAAAUUAUUAAAUUUUUAAAGCUAAUUAACCUUUGCUAAGUAAAAAAAAAUUAAUUUUUUUUUAUUUUUUUAAAUUAUUGACAUACAUCAAAAGAGCUAGCCCAAAGAAACUAAAAAGUAUCCUUGCUGAAACUUAUAAUUCAUAAUUGUAAGAAAUGAAUGUAAGAGUAUACUAAAUAUACAUAGUGCUAUUAUAUGGAAUCCUACUUGAAAAAUUCCCAUAAACCAAAUCAUAGAUCUUAUUUUGAUUGCAACUAAAUUAGAUGAAUAUUUUAUUACAAUAAUUUUCACCAUUAAUCUGCCGUUUUAAGUCACUGAUCUUGAAAAUAAUCUUUUAAUGCUAUAACACACCUAUGUGUCUACUGACAUUUUUUCCCAUAAAAAUAUACUUUUCAAAGUUCUUUCAUGAUUUGAAGGCAUUUUCCUGCUAUUCCCAUCACUUAUUUGCUGGUGCUAGUGGCUUUUUCUACUCAUUUUUACAAGAUUUCUGGCAUUGUUUAAGUAAUCAAAUUUCCUCUAUCUCUCUAGAUUGCAUCAUCUCACAGGAACAGACUUCACUUAAAAAGAUGGAUAGGGGUUCCUUUACUACUGUUGAGAGGCUAAUCUGAGCGACUCUAAAGAGUGUGUGGGGAUGGGAGUGGUGAGUGGAGCAGGGAUGAACAGCUUCUCAGAGAAAGGUGAUUUUAAGGUGAGUACUAAAAAAUUAGAGUUAACUCAGAGAUUAUUGCUUGUAGAGAGAGAAAAAUGAUAACGUGUAAAGGCCAGAAGAGAAAGCAUCCCCACAUGAGAAAUUUAGGGUGGCUGGAACACAGAGUACAAGAAGGAAAGGUAGAGCAAAACAAGCUAAUAAAGGGCCUAGAAAAACAUGAGGUGUCAUUUAAACUUCUUCCUAAAGGAGAUGAGAAAAAAUUGAAGAGUUUUAAUCUGGGAGAGUGACAUAAUUAGGUUCACAUUUUAUAGGGAUCUUUCAAAUAGCAUACUAUGUUGAAUGGAAGAGCAAGACUGGACAUAAGCAGAGCUUAGUGGUCUAGACUAGGAUAGGUCAUAGGUCAAUGGGGAAGUGAAUAGAACUGAGAGAGACUGAAGAUGUAAACUCAGUUGCCCUGGCAAUUAACAAGAUAUAGUGUGGAGCUCAAAAGAGAGAUGUGUGCUAGAGGUAUAUGUUUGGUAGUCAACAGUCUAUAGCUAACAAGUAAAACCAUAGGGUAGAGUCAGAUUAGACAUAUUUUUUGGAAGAGUCACAAGAAAAGACAGUCAAGGUUAGAACUCUGAGAAACAUCAACCUUGAAAGGCCAGGAGGAGGAAAAGAAGUCUUAAGAACAAGUGGCUACAGAGAUAUGAGGGAAAAGGAGAGUACAGUGUGACAGAAGCUAAGGUAAGGGAGUCUUUAAAGAAGGGAGAAUAGUCAGAAAUGUCAAAUGUAGCCUGAAAGAAGGAAUAAUACAAGGUCUGAAUAUGUUUCCAUUGGUUUUAGCAACAAGGAUGUCACGUGUCAUUGGCAAGACAAGUUUCAGUGGAAUGAUGGGACCAAAGCCAGAUUACAGCAAAUAAAGAGUAAGUGGGAAGACUCAAAAAAUUAAGCUUCUGACACUGUAGUAGAUUAGAUAAAGGACCUUGCACUACAGAACAAUGGGAUACAUUACUGGGCUCACAGAAAUAAAAGAAAUCUCCCUGAGUUAAACUUCAAUAACAAAAGACUGAAAGCAGAGAGGAACCCUAAGUGCUAAACCAUAUCUAACCUCAAAGUUAAUCAAUUCUUAAACAAAUUUGAGCCUAUCACAAGGUAAAGGAGUAGAAUCUGAGAAUUUUUUUUAAUUUAUUUUUUAUAAUUUUAUUGUGUUAAAAUAUAUAACAAACACUUGCUACUUUUUUUUUUUCCUCAAUUCUAUUCUGACACACUUGGGGUCACCAUGAGUCAGAAUUGACUUGACUGUAACUGUGUGUUUUUUUUUAAUUGUGCUUUAAGUGAAAGUUUACAGCUAAAGUUAGUUUCUCGUACAAAAAUUGAUACAUACAUUGUUAUGUGACCCUAGUUGCUCUCUCUAUAAUGUGACAACCUACUCCUUUCAACCCCCGAUUUCCCGCACCCAUUCAACCAGUUCCUGUCCCUUUCUACCUUCUCAUCUCACUUCCAGAUGGGAGCUACCGAUUUGGUCUCAUGUGUCUACUUGAACUAAUUAGCACACACUUCACGAGUAUCAUUGAUGUCUUAUAGCCCAGUCUAAUCUUUGUCUGAAGAGUUGGCUUUAGGGAAGGUUUUAGUUUUGGGUUAACAGAGAGUCCAGGGGCCAUGUCUUCUGGGGAUCCGUCAGUCUCAGUCAGACCAUUAAGUCUGGUCUUUUUACUAGAAUUUGAGUUCUGUACCCUACUUUUCUCCCGUUCCAUCAGGGACUUUCUGUUGUGUUCCCUGUCAGAGCAGAAUCUGAGAAUUCUUAAGCCAGCAACCUUGAAAGGAGCCAAAGGGAUGCCAAGUCAGUACUACACAAACUGCAUUAUCAAAUAUAAUAAAUGGCCAUGUAUUAAAUGUUUAAAGAAAUAAAAAUGGAAUGACGUAAAACUGAGCAAGCAAAAAAAAAAAAAAAAAAGAGUAAGCAAUACAAGAUAAUAAAAAAUCCCUAUGAAGGAAUGGCUCUAAGACUGACAGCAAACUUCUCCAUACUAAUAAUGAAAGCCAAAAGACACUGCAACAUUAUCUUCUAAGUGAUUAAAAAAAAAAAAACUUACAGUAAACUAGCAAACUAUCAAAAAUAAGAGUAAAAUAAAGAUAAUUUUAGAAAAGCAAAAACUGUUUAAUAUCAACAGACUUCAUCAAACAGAAUUUUGAAAGGAGUGCUUCAAAAUUUGCUUUAAUGUGCAUUUGAGUCACUUGAUGAUCUGGUUAAAAUGCAGAUUGUGGUCCAGUAGGUCUGUAGUGGGCCCCAAGAUUCUGUAUAUCUUAAAAGCUCCCAGGUGAUACAAUGUCGAUACUGUUGAACUAUUGAGCACACUUUGAAUAUGGAGAUUCUGAAGUAUAUACUUCAGAAAGAAGGAAAAUGAUCCAGGAGGGAAGAUUUGAGAUAUAAGAGAGAAAGGUAAGCAAAGAAGUUAGUAAACAACUAGGUAAAUCUAAAUAAUCAUUAUAUGGAUAGAUAUGAUAUCAGAUAAAAUGUUAUUUUCUGGGGCUUAAAAAUAGAUAAAAGAAAAAUUCUAGACAAGAGCAUGUAAAUCAAGAGAGAGUAAUUAGAACUAGUCUUUUGAGGGCCUCAUAUAGUUUAGCAAAGGGGUUAAGAUAUUAACUUUAGAUUUUGUUAAGUUAUGUAGUAUGCUAAAAUUUCAAAAGGAACUACUGAAUUUUUUUUUUUUUUUUAAGGGCAUAACUUCCAAAACAGUAGAGGGGGGAAAAAAAGAAGAAAAUAAAAAAAACAAUUAAUAAAAAUGCAAGAAAUAAGAAUCACAAAAUAACAGGACAAAUAGAAAAAAAAAAUGAAACAAGUAGGAACAAGUUUUAAAAGUAUCAGUACCUACAAUUAAUGUACAUAGACUAGACAUGCCAGCCCAAACAUAGUGACUGUUAGGAUACAAAAAAAAUAAUAACAGCCAACAUUUAUAUAGCACUUACUCUGUGCUACUACCACUCAUCUGUCAGUUUAUCAUACUGUGGUGGCUUGUGUUGUACUGUGAUGCUGGCAGAUAUGUCACUGGCAUUUUAAAUACUGGCAGGGUCACCUAUAGUGGACAGGUUUGAGUGGAGUAUCCAGACUAAGACAGACUAAAAAGAACCUGGCAAUCUACUUGUAAAAAAUUGGCCAGUGAAAACCUUAUGGAUAGCAGUGGAACACUGUCUGAUACAGUGGGGGAAGAUCAGCCCCUCAGGUUGGAAGGCACUCAAAAUAUGACUGGGAAGAGCUGCCUCCUCAAAGUAGAGCCAACCUUAAUGAAGAGGAUGGAGUAAGGCUUUCAGGACCUACAUUUGCUGAUGUGGCAUGAUUCAAAAUGAGAAGAAAUAGCUGCAAACAUCUGUUAAUAACGUGGAAUGUAUGAAGUAUGAAUCUAGGAAAAUUGGAAGUCUGUCAAAAAUGAAGUGGAACGCAUAAAGAUCAAUAUCCUAGGCCUUAGUGAGCUGAAAUAGACUUGUACUGGCCAUUCUGAAUCGGAAAAUCACAUGGUCUACUUUGCCAAGAAUGACAAAUUGAAGAGGAACGCAUCGCAUUCAUUGUCAAAAAGAACAUUUCAAGAUCUAUUCUGAAAUACAACACUGUCAGCUAUAGGAUAAUAUCCAUACGCCUACAAGGAAGACAAGUUAAUACGACUAUUAUUCAAAUUUAAACACCAACCACUAAUGCUGAAGAUGAAAGAACUGAAGAUUUUUUACAACUUCUGCAGUCUGGAAUUGAUCAGCCACGCAAUCAAAAUGCAGUGAUAAUUACUGGUGAUUGGAACGUGAAAGUUGGAAACAAAAGAGGAUCAGUAGUUGGAAAAUACGGCUUUGGUGACAGAAAUGAUGCUGGAGAUCUCAUGAUAGAAUUUUGUAAGAUCAAAUUAUUCAUUGCAAAUAUCUUUUUUCAACAAUGUAAAUGGUGACUAUACACGUGGACCUCGCAGAUGGAAUACAGGAAUCAAACUGACUACAUUUGUGGAAAGAGACAAUGAAGAAGAUCAAUAUCAUCAGUCAGAACCAGGCCGGGGCCAACUGUGGAAUAGACCAUCAACUGCUCAUACGCAAGUACAAGUUGAAGCUGAAGAAAAUUAAAACAAUUCCAUGAGAGCCAAAGUACUAACUUGAGUAUAUCACACCUGAAUUUAGAGACCAUCUCAAGAACAGAUUUAAUGCAUAGAAUAUUAAUGAUCAAAGACCAGACGAGUUGUGGGAUGACAUCAAGGACAUCAUACGUGAAGAAAACAAAAGGUCAUUUAAAAAGACAGGAAAGAAAGGAAAGACCAAAAUGAAUGUCAGAAGAGACUCUGAAACUGAGGAAAUGAUCACAUAAAAGAGCUGAACAGAAGAUUUCAAGGGGCAGCUCGAGAAGACAAAGCAAAGUAAUAUACUGAAAUGUGCAAAGACUUAAUAGAGUUAGAAAACCAAAAGGGAAGAACACGCUCAGCAUUUCUCAAGCUGAAAUAACUGAAGAAAAAAUUCAAGCCUACAGUUGCAAUAGUGAAGGAUUCUAUUGGCAAAAUUUUGAACAACACAGAAAGCAUCAAAAGAAGAUGAAAGAAAUACGCAGAGUCACUAUACCGAAAAGGGUUGGUCGACAUUCAGACGUUUCAGGAGGUAGCGUGUGAUCAAGAACCAAUAGUACUGAAGGAAGAAGUCCAAGCUGUACUGAAGACAUCGGUGAAAAACAAGGUUCCAGGAAUUGCUGGAAUACUGCCUGAGAUGUUUCAACAAACGGAUGCAGUGCUGGAAGUGCCCACUCCUCUGCCAAGAAAUUUGGAAGACAGGUACCUGGCCAGCCAACUGGAAGAGAUCCAUAGUUGUGCCUAUUCCAAAGAAAGAUGAUAUAACAGAAUGUGAAAAUUAUCAAACAAUAUCAUUAAUAUCAUACACAAGUAAAAUUUGGCUGAAGAUCAUUCAGAAAUGGUUGCAACAGUACAUCAACAUGGAACUGCCAGAAAUUCAAGCCAGAUUCAUAAAGGACAUGGAACGAGGGAUAUCACUGCUGAUGUCAGAUGGAUCCUGGCUGAAAGGAGAAAAUAUCAGAAAGAUAUUUACCUGUAUUUUAUUGACUAUGUAAAGGCAUUCGACUGUAUGGAUCACAAAAAUUAUGGAUAACGUUGCAAAGAAUGGGAAUUCCAGAACACAUAAUUUUGUUCAUGGGCAACCUAUACAUAGACCAAGAGGCAAUUAUUCAAACAUAACAAGAGGAUACUGCAUGGUUUAAAAUCAGGAAGUUAUGCAUCAGGGUUGUAUCCAUUCACAAUACUUAUUCUGUCUGUAUGCCGAGUAAAUAAUCUGAGAAACUGGACCGUAUGAAGAAAAACGCGGCAACAGGAUUGGAGGAAGAUCCGUUAACAACCUGCGAUAUGCAGAUAACACAACCUUCCUUGCUAAAGGCGAAGGUGACUUGAAACAAUUACUGUUGAAGAUCAAAGACUAUAGCCUUCAAUAUGGAUUACACCUCAACAUAAAGAAAACAAAAAUCCUCACAACUGGACCAACAAGCAAUAUCAUGAUAAACGGAGAAAAGACUGAAGUUGUCAAGGAUUUCCUUUAGAUCCACAAUCAACACCCUCAGAAGCAGUAGUCAAGAAAUGAAACAACAUAUUGCAUUGGGCAAAUCUGUUGCAAAAGACUUCUUUAAAAUGUUAAGAAGCAAAGAUGUCACUUUGAGGUCUAAUGUGCUCCUGACCCAAGCCAUAGUAUUUUCAGUUGUCUCAUAUGCAUGUGAAAGCUGGACGAUGAAUCAGAAAAAUGGAAGAAGAAUUGAUGCCUUUGAAUUAUGGUGUUGGUUAAGAAUAUUGAAUAUACCGUGGACUACCAGAAGAACAAACAAAUCUGUUUUGGAAGAGGAUCGCAAAAUCAAAGACAACCACACAAUACUGGGAAUCAUGGCCUAGCCACAUUGACACACAUUUUUUGGGAACACAAUUUAAUCCAUAACAUUCUAGCCUUUGGCCCCCCAAAAUUCAUGUCCUUGCCACAUGUAAAACACAUUCACCCCAUCAUAUCAUGGCAAAAGUCUUAAAUCAACUCUAAGUCCAAAUUCCAUCCUGGGACAAAAAUCCUCUUCAUUUGUAAAAUCCAGAAUACAAGUUAUUUUCUUCCAAAGUACAAUGGUGAGACAGGCACAAGGUAGACAUUUCCAUUACAAAUGAGAGAAAUUGGAAGGAAAGAAGUGGUAACAAGCACCAAGCAAGUCAGCAGAACAUAUUAAUUAGCUCUCAAGACUUGAAAAUGAUCCUCUGUUCCCAAAGACCAUUUAAGCAGUGGCUCUGCACUCCAGACUCUGGGUAUUGGCCACAUUUUCCGGAUUCUGGGUGGGGGCCCCUCGGCCUUGGGCUUGGGCUCCACCAUCCAAGCCCAUUGGGAAAGCAACUCUGCUCCCUCAGAUUUGGGCAUCCCCAAUCUCCUAGUUGGAGCCUGGUGGCACAGUGGUUAAGUGUUCAGGUGGUAACCAAAAGGUCAGCAGUUUUAAUCCACCAGCCACUCCUUGGAAACUUUAUGGGGCAGUUCUACUCUAUUCUGUAGGGUCACUAUGAGUCGGAAUUGACUCGACAGCAAUGGGUUAUUCUCCUAGUCUAAGUGGUGACCCAGCCCCCUCAGCCCUGGCAGGCCCCAAUCUUCUGCCCCUUGGGCAUGGCAACCCCGCUCCUCAGCUCUGGGCUGUGGAUCCGUCCCUAUCCUGUUGGCACUUGUGAAAGGCAGCACCACACUCUAGAACUGAAUUUGUGAAGAUCCGACUCUUUGAAACUUAGGAGGCUGUGGCCCCACCCUUUAAGAUCCAGGCAGUUCUGUUUUCAGUGCUCCUUAUCUCUUCAGCUUCUGCUUCCUGUUUCCUUGGCCUCUUGGCUCCUUGAGUCUCUUGAGACAGCUGGCACCUACCCUGCCCAGGCAAGUGUUCCAAAGCUUUUUAGCUCUACCCGUAAGUGUCCGGAGGCACCUCACUCUACCUCAAAGCUUCCUGCUGGAAGGCACUCAGCUCUCUUGCUCCGUGGGUUGGCAAGCCAAGCUCCACCGAUAAGUGCCCAGAGGCACCCCACCUUGCCAGGAAGCCUCCUGCCCAGAGGCCCUCAGCUCUCUUGCUCUGUGGGUCAGCUCUCGCGCUGUCUGGUGCCUGUCUCCUGGGUUUGCUGCUGCCAUUUCUCUGCUGCUGCUUCUUGCCAUCUGCACGGUCUCUGGUGUUACAGCUUUCCUUACUUCCUUCUGAGCCCUCACCAGAUUUGUCUUUGAUGUCCAUAAUUCCGCCAACAGACUCUUAAGGCUAUCUAGGCUUUUACUAUUAGGCACUUUAUAACUCUUCCAGCAUCUACCCAUUCAGUUCCAAAACUAUUUCCAUGAUGUAGGUAUCUGUUAGAGCAGCACCCCUACUCUCCUGGUACCAAAUUCUGCCUUAGAUAUCUAGUGCUUCUAUAACAGAAAUACCACAAGUGGAUGGCUUCAACAAACAGAAAUUUAUUCUCUCACAGGGAGAAUAAUUCAGGGCACCAGUUCCAGCGGUAGGCUUUCUCUCUCUGUCGGCUCUGGGGGAAGGUCAUUGUUAUCAGUCUUCCCCUGGGUCUAGAAGUUUCUCAGCACAGGGACCCCUGGGUCCAAAGGAUGUGCUCUGCUCCUGGCUCUUCUUUUUUGAUGGUAUGAGGUCCCUCUCUGCUCGCUUCUCUCUUCUAUGUCUCAAAAGAAAUUGACUCAAAUACAACCUAAUCCUGUAGAUUUCAUCCUGCCUCAUUAAAAUCACAUGUAACCCACUGCUGUUACAUCGAUUCUGACUUUUAGUGACGCUAUAGGACCUAGUAGAACUGCCCCAUAGGGUUUCCAAGGAGUGGCUGGUAGAUGCAAACUGCUGACCUUUUGGUUAGCAGCUGAACACUUAACCACUGAGCCACCAAGGCUCCAUUAACAUCACAGAGGUUAGGAUUUACAAUACAAAGGAUAAAUACAUCCGAUCACAAAAUGCAAGACAAUCAUACAAUACUGGGAAUAAUGGCCUAGCCACACUGACAUACAUUUUUGGGGGGACACAAUUAAAUCCAUAACAGUCCAUUACAUGGGCAAUUUUCAUGAACAUUACAUGGGCAGUUGUAAAAAUGGUAUACUCUAUAAUCAGGUGUACAGUUUGAUAUAUACUCAUCAGACUUACAUUACUGAUUAUAUGGUAUAGGUUUUCUAUAACCAGAAAAAAAACCCCAGUGCCAUCAAGUCGAUUCCGACUCACAGCGACCCUAUAGGUCUCCUGUAGCCACGUGUAUUUUUUUUGUGCACUUGACUGUUUGUGGAAAUAAGUGGUGUCAGGGAAAAUGUGCCAACAAAGAAUCAAUAGUUGUGUGUCAUUUUUAUUCUAAAAACAUUAGUGUAAUUUAUUGUCUACUCAACACUUGCUAUGGGGAUGGAUGCUCAAGAAUCACAGGGACCCAAUUUAUAGGAUAAAUAACAGAGUUCUUAUGAAGACACAGCAGGGAGCAAUAUGUGAAAGCAUUGGCAUGCUGUAUGUUAAAUAUAUAGAUAUUUUUUCUAUCAUCUGCUACCAUGCCUAGAAUACUUCUUAGUCCAAAAGAAUUUAUUGGGGCUUUAAUUUCUUCUUUACACCUCUAUUAAACUGGGGUGGCAUCACAUAGUCUACUAAUGAUCAGGAGGUAGUUGACAUCUGGAAGUAAAGCCCCCCAGAGACACAGAAGCAAGAUGGAGUCAAGAAGGCAUUCAGGGUUACCUGGUGUUAGACAAGAGGCUAAAAAGUCAGGCUUUGCUUGGGGCACUUGUGGCUGUUCUUAGUAUCUUAGGUAACACCUGUUCAUUUGUACUUUUGUUUAGCUUGACAGAGAACUCUACUUUAAAAGUCAUAGAAGCUUGAAAAAAAGUUAUAGUUAAUACUUGAUAUUGCUCUAGUCCAAUUUUAAAGGGCAUAUCUAUGUUCACUUGCAGUCCCUAGAUGGUGCAGUCAAGCCCUCAACUGCUAAUCAAAAGAUUGGCAGUUAAAACCCACUGAGAUGUGCCAUGAAAAAAAGGUCUGGUGAUCUGCCUAUAAAAAGUUAAAAAGUUAAAACCUUGAAAAUACUAUGGAGCACAGUUCUACUGUGCAACACAUGGGGUCGUUGGCAACUGGUUUGGCCUUUUUUUUUUUAAUGCUCACAUGGCUUUAUGAUGAUGUGACCUUUGUCCAAACACGUAUCGAUUAGAUUAAACGAGGUUCAGAGGUGAAGCAAACAUACAGCCUUGCUCCUCCAAACAUCCGUGCAUUUUCAGCGUCUUUCAGCACAGAUGAGGUAGGGCUGGGGUUGCAAUGUCAUGCCUAACCUGGGCUUGAGAUUUGGAAGUAGUUCAUGUGGAAAAUGCAGCUGAAACCGCUGAAGCAAUGCUGUAAAAAACAAGAACGUUUCCAUCCGAGCCAGCUGUUCUCCAAGACAGUGUCUUCUCCCUAUACAGAAAAAGCACAUAUGAUGCUUUUAGAAACCCACAAUAUUUAUUAAAAACUGUCUAAUAUUUGGGUAUGAUUCAGGAAAUCUGGAAUUUAAAGAAAGGUUAGAGGAAGUUAUGUUUAUUAAAAGGUUCGCUCAAAUCUCAAAGAAUAAAAAUUGGCAUUUCAGUUCCCCGAACGCAUUCCUUUACCUCCUUCUAUCAGCUCAGGGACUUUUGUAAGCUUACUAGUCCUGUCUCCAAUUUUUCUUGCAUGCUGUAACAGAUCCUAAGAUAUGCUAUCAAGAUCUAAUUUGAGAUGUGACAUUUGGUUUUAUUGAUCCAAGAGGAGCCUAUUUCACUUCAACUGACUAAAUGUAUGUACCCUUCUUCAGUGAAGAAGAACUUCCAGUCCAUCUUCUAUGCGAGGUCUUGUGAUACAUGUACUUUUUCCCAGGAAAAAGAAUAUUUUCAUAAAUGGAGAUAAGGUACAUUAAACUGGUAGGCAGGAGAAGUAGAUUCUAGUUUUACUUCAAAUUACCAUGUCAUCAUUACCCUCUCUGGUCUGUUUCUCAAGCUACCUGUUACUGACUUCUAGCUCCACAAGUUUUGUACACAAGCAAAAAAGUCUCAGAAGAAGUCAGAGCUUUUCAACAGUUUAUCUUUAGUUAUUAAAUUAAGGCUUAUUUUAUUUUCAGUAGAAACAGGUAUUACUUAUCUGUAAUCAAAACAUUCCUGUAAGAAUCAACACUAUUUUCCAAGUUGGUAUAUUUAUUCUAUAGAAGUAUUCUUCAGAUUAAGAUGCUAUAUGUGAAGCAUUACUAUUCUUUAUCCUAAAGUUAUACCCCUGUGAAAGUUUCUUACCUAGGGAAAAAGGAAUCAAAGCUUCCUUCUUGGCAAAAUGUCCACUGCUGUCCAGAAAUCGCUCAGGAUAAAACAUUUCUGGGUCUUUCCAGUACUUUUCAUCAAAGUGUACGGAAUAAAGAUUUGUAAUUACUGUUGUGCCUUUAGGAAUGGAAUAACCACGUACGACUGCAUCCUCAGACGUUGCAUGGAAAAUCCCUAAUGGAACUACAUUACAAAAUCUUAAGACUUCAUGCAGAACUGCCUCAGUAUAAGGCAUUUUGCAUCUGUCAUCCCAAGAAGGCUUUCCAUUGGGGCCCAUAAUUAAAUCAAUCUCUUUAUGAACUUGUCCUGUCAGAGAAAAAGUAUUCAAGUUAUUAUACAAUUCUUAAGAGUUACAUCUAAAGUAAAUUCCCUUUGAGAUAAAACGUAGGAUAACCCCUAAUCCAAAAGGGUAUGGGUAGUACACCAGACUGAGAUUUGUCCUUAGCUAAGAGUUUUUAAUACAUGCCUAUAUUUUAUACAAUCAGUAGCCAAUGCACUGAGUAACUUUGUUCUCAAAAAAUAAAUAAAUAAAAUUAAUUUUAAAAAGUAAACAAACCUAGAAUUGGAAAAACAUGACUCUCAGGAAAGAAAAUAGUGAAGCAUAAAAUUUAGCUUCCAAAAACCAAUGCUCACGUCCCAGCUCUGCCACUUCUAAUGGCUGACCUCGGGCAAGUCAGCCACUCAGCCUUUUUCCUCAUUUUAAAAUAGGCAUAGAAAGACCUAUCUCAGAGGUUUGUUACAGGAGUUGAGAUAAGAGAUUUGAAAAUUCUUCGCAACUAUUAAAUAUUUCUCUUCUCCUUGGCUAGCACAGCAGGAGCACCUACAUAAAAUGCUUUUUACAUGGCCAGAGACUCUAAAACAUGUAUGAGCUCUCCAUACAAGGACAGAACCUGGAUCAUUAAGAAAAUCCUCACCUUGAAUGUUAGGAUAAAGGGCCAUGAAAAGAACUGCCCACUGUAGAACAUUGGUUGUAGUUUCAGUUCCAGCAAUGAUGAGUUCACCCACUGAGAAAAUCAGGUUUUCUUUGGAGAAAGUAGACGAUGGGUCAUUUUUACCUUGAUCUAUCUCAUCUAAAUAAGCAUCAACAAAAUGCUGAGGUAACUGAGGCUUUCUGUUGGCUGAAGCUUUUUCAAUAAGCCUGGAGAGAAAAUCAUAGACCACAGCUGCAUUUCUAAACAGCUGUUGAUGUUUUCCAAAAGGUAAAAUGCCAAUCCAUGGAAAGGCAUUAUACAGGAAGACGGAGGCACUGGCAGCCAGCUCCACAUUUUCACUAAAUAACUCAAUCAUGUGCUGAAAAUCAGUGUCUUCGUAAGUGAAUCGUUCUCCAAAAAGGAUCAAGUUGGUUAUGUUUGAAACAGCUCUUGUUAUUAAUUGUUUAAGGUCAAAAGGUCUACCUUCAUAUGGUUUGAUAGCAUCAAUGAAAAAUUUGGUUUCUUCUAAGAUUUUAGAUUCAAAAGACUUUUGGCCAUAUCCAAAAUAGCGAAAGCUAUUUACAGCUAAUCUUCUGUGAUCAACCCAUCCUCGGCCAUAUCUGGAGUUGAGUAAGCCUGAAAAAAAAGAUAUUAAAAGUAUUUUAUUAUUCUUCCAUCCCUCUGUCUAACAGCUGAAGAUGCUAUGGACUAAAAACACAAAUGGCUUGUCACUACUCCCCAAAUUAUCUUUCUAUAAAACUAGACCCAGUAGUUAAGCCCCAUUCUCCGCUACUCAUUAGCCACAGAUUAUACAUAGAUAAAGCUCAUCUACUGCUCUGCUGGGGACUGCAGAAAAGACCCACAACAAGAAACUGGUCAGUCUUGUGUAAUUCAAUUCAGAUGAACUAAGCCCAGGUGAACUUAUCAGAAUCUUAUAAGCAUAUUUGAUAAAAGAUAAAUGACUGCACAUUCUAUGCAAAAAUUUUAUCUUGGAUUGAACAAACACCUGAAAAUCAUCCUUCUAGGAUUAGAAAUUGUCUGCCUGUAAGAGACUGGAUUUUACAAUAGAAAUUUCUUCCAGUUAAAGGCAUACAAUAACUCUGGCAGAGGCAAGGGUGACCUGAAUGAGGUGUCAAUACAGUAAAAAUCAUUAAACCAAAAAGAGAGCAAAAAUGAAGCUCAGAAUUUUCUGUUGAUAUUGUUUGCCUUAACACUUCAGAAUCUCCACGUAUACUCUGCUGUUCUGAUGUAGCUACUAUGGAAAAUUUUUCCUUUAAAUUAACUAUCAAGCCAAAAGAAUAUCUUCAGUGCAUAUAUUUAUAUAAGGUAAAGUUUACUCAAAAUUUCAUUCAUGGCUGAUACAUUAAAAAAAAAAAAAUAGGAGAGGCAAAAAUGUCACAUUCUCUUCUGUACACAAUGUGCAUAUAUAAUUUACAUU